AUGAGUAAUAUCCAUACGCUAGCAGAGUAUCGAGAUGAUUAUGCCGAAAAUACACCCUUCAACAGAACACCAGAUUAUUAUCAGUCUCAGAGUAGUUUUGUUCAGAGGUCUAAACCAAUUGAUUUACUGAACCUUGUAUUCCCCCACUUUACAUGGAAAAGUUUUAUGAUCGUUAUUUCUAUUAUACAGUUGAUUGUUUUUAUCAUAUCAGUUAGUAUAAAACCAGCAGACUUCCUUACCCCUUCAGAUAGCUUAUUAGUAACCCUUGGUGCAAAUGUUGCCUCACGAAUAAAACAGGGAGAAAUUCACAGAUUGAUUUUACCAAUAUUUUUACAUGCAAAUAUAUUCCAUGCAAUUUUUAAUAUUUUUUUUCAAUUAAGAAUGGGAUUUACAUUAGAAAAGAAUUAUGGUAUUUAUAAGAUUAUUAUACUUUAUUUUGUUACUGGUAUGUAUGGAAAUAUUUUAUCCUCCUCUGUGACAUAUUGUCCAAUAAAAGUAGGAGCAAGUACAUCAGGUAUGGGAUUAGUUGGAAUAGUAACAUCUGAAUUAAUUUUAUUGUGGCAUAUAAUUAGACAUAGAGAAAGAGUUGUUUUUAAUAUAAUAUUUUUUUCUUUAAUAUCUUUUUUUUAUUACUUCACUUUUAAUGGUUCUAAUAUUGAUCACGUUGGUCAUUUAGGAGGCUUAAUAUCGGGCAUAUCCCUCGGAAUAUUAUACAACGAACAUAUGGAUAACAAACCUACAUGGUAUAACCAUUUAAAAGUAGGUUCAUAUAUUUCUUUAGUUCUUCUGGCUACUAUUCCAACAGUCGUUUUAUUUACCAUACCACGUACAUGUUAA